AGUGAAGUGAAUCAGUAACAUACGCCAGUGUUAAAGUCAGUGUCCUCAGCAGCCAAGAUGGAAGCCCUUGAAAGGAGAGGAAAACUUCUAGCGAUUGCUGCCAUCAUUUUCAUCGUCUUUUGGUCUCAAUGCCCAGGUGUGGAGGGUCACCGCAACUCAACGAAGAUGUCGUACGUGUGUCCGCCGCAGUUCAUCCGGCUCGGCCACAGCUGCUACUUCUUUAGCGACAACAAGGCCACCUGGCAGAACGCACUCUUCGCUUGCAAGGACCGUGAGAGCAACUUGUCAGUACCAGCCCGCUGGGAGGACAGAAACCUUCGCACCUACCUCAACAAACACGACGUUGAAAAAGCGAGCCGUUGGAUCGGUGGUAUCUACGACUACGGCGCUCGCGCAUGGAAGUGGGGCGGCGAGUUGCGGCGCAUGCACUACCAGUCCUUCUCCAAGAUGAAGCGACUCUCCCCUGAGGAGCUCAAGUGGAACUGCAUCGCCAUGAUGCCCGAACUUCUCUACAGAUGGGCUCCACGUAGCUGCAUAGAGGCGAGACAAUACAUUUGCCAGACGAAACUGCGCAAGGUGCCGAAGACGAAGCUAAAAGACCUGCGGCGGCGCUGGCAGCGCAUGGGCAAGAUCAACGAGAUUACCGCGCCCAGCGUCAGCCGCGAGGUCGACGACCCCCGCAAUAAUGACGUCACCACCAACCCCGUCGACAACCCCAAGGCAUUCGACCUCCGACCCGCGCCACUGUACGGACCGCGAGGCAACAGACGCGAACCGAAUCCGAUGCGAAAUCACCAGAAACCCUACGAUCUGAGACCGAACGAGUUGAAGAAAAGAUCCAGGCCAAACGCCCGUAGGCGGCUCACCAGACCGUUCCCUGGUUACAAAUGGAACCGCCAUGACCCCGAGGCUUCGUUCCGGUACAACUCGGAGUUACUACGAUCGGGCCGUACGGGGCUCAGCCCGCAGCAAGUCAACGGGCACUUGGCGCGGCUGCGGCACCUACGCGACAGGCAGAUCAGGCGCCGACGGCUGCGCGAAAACGACGACUGGCUCGUCAACGACGUCAGACAGGUGCUCGUGCCCACACAUGCUCGCACCUACACCGUCGACAACAACAUCAGCGCCCUGCAUCCCAAAGCCAUCGUUGAGGAGUUCGAUAUGAUGCCGCGACCCAUCGUACUGCCGAGACCAGCGCGCGGUGCUGGCUAAACAACUACUUAUAUACUCGUAGUAGUAGGCUGGCUUUUUCCGCAACUCUACAACUAACGCGUAAAAUGUACCCUACAUCUACUUAUUUGUAUCUUAAAUUAUCUUUUCUAUGCUUUGAUUGCUAUAUUUCUUUAGAUGUCUUACUGUCGUUUUGUCUUUGACAUUGUGAAUUUUUAUAGUAAUGCUUUAGCUGUUUCUCUCAAUCGUUUUAAUUAAUUCCAAUCACUAUGUGAUCGAUCAUGACUCGCUCAGUGUUCAUCUUUUAACUUCUCCUUCUCUAUUUGUUCUGUCUAGAACGAAAUAGAUGUUUUGUAAACAACUUGUUUUUAAACUAUCAUCACAUAAUGUUUUAUAAACAUCAUUCGGCUAAUCAUAAUAUUAUUCCAACUUAAAUUAUGCCUCACGUUUUAAAACUUAAAUAUAUUAAUUAUCUAUGCACUAAAAAAAAUUACAAACAUUAUCAUUAUGAACUAUAAACUAUUUCGAAUAAUUGACUUGAAUGAAAAAAUCGUGUUUGCUCAGUCUAUGGCUGGCAUCGUCUUUGCUAUAUCACAUACAGUACUGAAGUAAGGAUGAAAAAAACUUGAGUAAGUGCUGCAUUUUGGAAAAUAGUAUGAGUAUACUUGAGUGCCAAAAGGCAGCACUUUACGAAACGUACAGAUGCACUAGCAAACAUGGUCUUUAGAUAAGGAUAUCUACGUAUUAAUAAAUACUAAUAUUGAAACGUUCAAUGCCGACUCUAAUGAAUUCGGUUUCGUAAUGUAGAACGUGUUAAGCUUUUAAUAUAAUAUGUUACAAUGCGUAUUUAUAAAAAAAAAACUAGUCAGUAAGUUUAUUAAGAAAUACUGUCAAGUAUUUCUUAUCAUACCAACCAAUACGUUUAAUACAUAUUGU